GCUAGAUAUACCAUAAGAAAUAUCCAACAGAUUAAACAGAUAUUUGAUCAAAUACAGGGAGUUACAGGGGUAAGUAAUAAUAACUUUAAUAUCUGUAAUACCCAAAAAUAUGAUAAAUCCCUAUACUCCUCAUUCAGUAACGGUUAGGGCGAAUAUUAACAUCAGGGUGGCGUCAGUUGUGGCAAAUUCCCCCAAAGCUCCCGAUGUGGCUUAUACAUGUAAGACACUUUACGUAACCAUCAAUUAGCCAGUUUUACGCUGCAUUUGGAUAUUUCUCAACCAUUAUCCAUUGACUCCCUACUGUUGGCCCAUUGCCUCACACUUUCUAUAUCACAAUGAGUCUUCCAACCACAUACAGAGCCGCCACCAUCAGCGGCGAUAAGAUUGCCGUAAGCGCCGUUCCAAUGCCUAGCUACGAUUCCAACAGCUUGGUGGUCAGGGUUAGGGCUGCCGCCGGCAAUCCAACGGAUUGGAAGCAUAUUACUUUCGGUUUGGGUCCACAGGGCUCCAUCGUAGGCUGCGAUGUCGCGGGUGAGGUUGUGGCACUCGGGGCCAAUGCUGCCCGGAGCUUCAAGCUUGGAGAUGCGGUCUUCUCUGCCAUCCACGGCAGUUCUGUGUUGCACCCAGAAAAUGGCGGGUUUGCGGAGUACGUAAUCAUCGACUACAAGCUAGCUUUGAGGCUCGAUGGGUUGCAUGUGGCUGGUGCUGAUGUACCAUUCGGCAAGAUUGAAACGUUUGAAGGCGCAGCCUCCGUGAACGUGUCUCUUUUUACCGCUGGCGUGGCGUUGACCAACCAUUUGAGCAAGGGGAUCCCAGCAGAGUUGGGAAAUAAAACCAUCGACUCUCCUUUAUUGAUUUGGGGCGGUGCUACUGGCGUGGGGCAGAUGUUGAUCCAGAUUGCAAAGAUCUUUGGUUCCUACGAGUCCAUCAUUGUUGUUGCCUCGCAGAAGCAUGAUCAGCAUUUAAAGAACCUCGGGGCGGACAUUGUAAUCGACUACCAUGACAACGAUUGUAUCGAGCAGGUUAAGGCAUACGCUAAGGACUCUAUUGCCUACGCUGUUGACUGUGUUUCCGAAGGAGAUUCGAACGGCAUGGUUAACAUGGCUGUCUCUGACACCAGACCCUCUAUAGUUGUGAGUUUGGCUGGCAGACCGCUCCUUACGCCGGAAGAAGUCAAGCCGAACGUGACCUUUGACAUGGUGCUCUUAUACCAGAUUUCGGGAUUGGAGCUUCCAAUGGGGGGCCAUAUCUUCCCCGCCAGCCCAGAAACUAGAGAAGCCGGCAUCAACUUUGUCAGAUGGGUUGAGCCAUACUUGGCCAGAGGCGAUAUCAAGCACAUCCCAGUAAAAUACGUUCCUGGCGGUUUGGAUGCGGUCCACGGUUUGUUGGAUGAUAUUAAGAACGGUAAAGUUUCCGGUGAGAAGUUAGUUAUCGAUAUCUAGUAUGGAAUUCAAGGUACUUAAUAAUGCUUAGGAUGCGUUACUCGUGGAACGAUGAUUAAACAUGCACUUGCAGGGGACCGAGAACUUUUAUUCUAUAUAAACAAAUUUGUGUAAAGGUGAAUGGGUUAAGUGGGUUUUAGAGUACCUAAGCAAAUUUUGGUGAAGGGGAAAAAAGAUGGAAGGAGCUUUAUUCCUCUAUAGUGAAUGCGACAAUAUUAAAUAAAUGUAUUCAUUCGUG